CCAGCUCCUUGCUCGCCAUCGUUUUGCAGCAGACACGAUGACACGGGUGGGACUGCCCUGCCCUGCAAGCUGAGCGAGCCGCUGGGGCUGUGUUCCUACACAUCACGCUCUCCUCUUCCCUGGCUCCUGCUUCCCUUCCACCACCUCUGCCACCUCCUCAGCAGCCCGGCAGCGCUGACCCAGACCUGCUGCUGAGGAAGAAUGGCAGAAGGCCAGCCACACCUAAGUAUUCAGAUGUCAGACUCAAGUACAAAUGGCAUCCCCAGCAGAAAGCAGUCCUCUCCAGACCUAGCCGGCAGGGGAGGAAGUGUACUAACUUUCCACAACAUCUGCUACCAUGUGAAGCUGAAGACGGGGUUCCUGUGUUUUCAAAAAACAGCCCAUAAAGAAGUUUUGAGGGACGUCAAUGGCAUCAUGAGACCAGGACUAAAUGCAAUUUUGGGACCCACUGGCAGUGGUAAAUCUUCUCUACUUGACAUCUUGGCUGCCAGGAAGGAUCCCCGUGGGCUGUCUGGUGACAUUUUGAUCAAUGGAGCUCCUCAGCCUGCUAACUUUAAAUGUACCUCUGGAUAUGUAGUACAGGAUGAUGUGGUCGUGGGAACCCUGACUGUAAGAGAAAAUUUGAAGUUCUCAGCAGCACUCCGUUUGCCGAAGUCAGUGAAGGAACAGGAAAAAGAUGAACGAGUGAAUCAGAUUAUCAAGGAACUGGGUUUGAGCAAAGUGGCAGAUUCCAAGGUUGGCACCCAGUUCACUCGCGGGGUGUCUGGAGGAGAGCGGAAAAGGACCAAUAUUGGGAUGGAGCUCAUCACAGAUCCUGCCAUCUUGUUUUUGGAUGAGCCAACUACAGGACUUGAUGCCAGCACUGCUAACGCUGUCCUACUGCUACUGAAAAGGAUGGCAAUACAAGGAAAAACAAUAAUCUUCUCCAUCCACCAGCCUCGGUACUCCAUAUUCCGACUGUUUGACAACCUGACGCUGCUGGCUGCCGGGAGAGUGCUGUACCACGGGCCCGCUCAGCACGCCAUCGGGUACUUCCAGUCUAUCGGCUACAAGUGUGAGCCGUACAACAACCCUGCCGACUUCUUCCUGGACAUCAUUAAUGGAGACUCCACUGCAGUGGCAAUGAGCAAGACCGAUGAAACUAACACAGCAGAGAGCACUGAAGAACACGCUGAAUAUGAUAAAACCUUGGCUGAGAAGUUAGCAGAAAAAUACUUCAACUCUGCCUACUACCAAGAAACAAAAGCAGCAUUAGAGAAUAUUUCUCCAGGAAAUAUAAAGAAAACAAAAGCAGUUUUCCGACAAAUCACAUACGCCAAUUCCUUCCUUCAUCAGCUGAAAUGGGUGUCCAAACGCACAUUUAAAAAUCUGGUAGGAAACCCUCAGGCUUCUAUAGCUCAGCUGUGUGUUACAACUUUCCUGGGACUGGUCGUAGGUGCCAUUUUCUUUGGACUUAAAGAGGACUCUGCUGGACUACAGAACAGAGUGGGUGCAAUGUUCUUUCUGACCACCAACCAGUGUUUCAGCAGCAUCUCAGCUAUUGAACUCUUUGUUGUGGAAAAAAAGAUAUUUACACAUGAAUAUAUCAGUGGGUACUACAGAACAUCUGCAUAUUUCAUCUCAAAGCUACUGGCUGAUUUAAUACCCAUGAGGACUAUACCAAGCAUCAUCUUCACCUGUAUAAUUUACUUCAUGUUAGGUUUGAAACCAACAGUAGAAGCCUUCUUUACAAUGAUGUUUACCCUUAUGAUGGUGUCCUACACAGCCACUUCUAUGGCACUAGCCAUUGCAGCAGGACAGAGUGUGGUCGCUGUAGCAAACCUGCUCAUGACUAUCGCAUUUGUUUUUAUGAUUAUUUUCUCCGGGUUGCUGGUCAAUCUCACAAGCAUCAUGUCCUGGCUGUCCUGGCUCAAAUACUUUAGCAUCCCUCGAUACGGAAUGACAGCUUUACAAAUCAAUGAAUUGACUGGUCUGAACUUUUGCAGCAGCAACACAAAUUUAAUAAGCAACAAUAACUAUCGAGAGAUAAGCCAGCUGUGGUGUACCGGAGAGGAAUAUCUGAAAAAUCAAGGCAUUGAUGCAAGUAGCUGGGGCCUGUGGCAGAACCACCUGGCUCUCGCCUGCAUGACAGUAAUAUUCCUUACCAUUGCAUACCUGAAACUGUACUUCAUGAAGAAGUUUUCUUAAAACCAGAAUGAAAAAUGCAAUUCCCACUGUUCAGCAGUUUGAUAAACUAACUGUGCAACUGACUUGAUUCUUUUUAAGAGACCUACCUUUGUACUUUUGUUUAUGAUUACACAAGUCAAGGUGAAUACCAUCCUUGUAUAUCAACUACUUAGUAUUAAUGUAUGUUGCUGAAAAGUCUAGCAUGCCUCAGUUCUCUUUGCCAUAAAGAAUAUACAACUAUUCAUUUCUUCAAGAGACUAUUCAGUCUUUCUGCAUGUUCUAGCUAUGAAUUUGUUAAACUAGGAAACUAAUAUUUAACGGCUUAACAUGAAAAAAAAAUAUAUUCCAUACUUUAAACAGCACCUACAUUCACUGGCAAUUCAGUCCAAAGUGAUGCUUAUCAGGACACCAAUGCGGUCUCAGCUGCUAAUGUGGUCAUGGUCUACAUGAGACAGCAACAAAAACACCCUCCCCAUCCCAGUGCACAUCUCAUGCUCUUUCCUAUGUGGGAAUCAUUACUGCUCUAGAGUGUACUUGAUUGAUGCCAUCAAGUAUUUUCUUACCAAGUUCAAGUGGUAGAAACACUA